AAAAAAAACCCAGAUAAAAAUUGAUAGGAAAAUCCAGGCACUGCCACUUCUUGUAGCUAACGCUUUGCUAUUCUUCUUCUUCACUGUUCAUCUUCAUCUUUAUCGCUACAAAUUUCAGUUCUGCGAUAGAAAAAGGUUCUUUUUUCUUUUUUCCAAGAAUUUAUAGGUAUAGAAAUUGCCGAAAUGGGUGGAGGAGCUGCUGCCUUACAGAAAGAUGUUCCAUGGAGAGCUUCUUCUGGUGCAAAACCCAUCCCUAAAAUUCAUUAUUCCCCUAUUCUUCGUAUACCUCAAAACCCUCUUUCCGAUUAUGCUCUCUCUAUCAUGAAGCAUCCAGAUCCAAUUGGAAGUGGAUUGGGGACGGAGGCAAUAGUAGAAGCAGCAGGGCCUGAUUGCAUUGUUCCUGGACAGAAUCCACCUAUCAAGCUUUUGGGGCUUAAGGUAUGGCCCAUUGAAGUCGACUUGAAAUUUAUGGAACCUGUUGGACGAGAACUGAAGUCAGUUGGGAAGUUCAUGGAUUCUGCAGUCGAUCUUAUGAACAAAUCUUUCAUUGAUCGUUAGUACUUCCCAUUGGAGUGGCUGCAGUUCACCAGUUAUUACAUCAACUACUUUGAGGCUUGUCAAAAACUAAUGAAGCUGGUUAUAGAGAUCAUCAGUUCAGUUAAUCCUACUACAAAUGUUAUCUAUUUAAGGAGGUCCUAUUUGUAUUUUCAAGACUUGAAAUAUACUGUACAUUCGAUAGCUACAUGGAAUUGUGGCUUUUUGAAAAAGUGAAUUACACUGAAAGUUACAUAAGCUUGAAAAUUUUGCGGCAAGUCAA